AUGGACACGCAGCCCUGGCGCGUGGCCUUUCGCUGUCUGCUCCUUCUGGCUCUCGUUGGGUGUAUCCGAAGCGAGAGUGUACAGACCUGCGAAGAAGUUCGGAAACUUUUCCAGUGGCGGCUUGGGGGAGCUGUCAAGGGGCUGCCGGAUUCGCCCCGUGCAGGCCCUGAUCUUCAGGUCUGCACAUCCACAAAACCUACAUGUUGCACCAGAAGGAUGGAGGAGAGAUAUCUAAUCGCAGCUCGCCAAGAUUUGCAGCAGGUGCUUCAAACAUCCAGCGCCACAUUGAAAUUUCUAAUAUCGCGAAAUGCAGCUGUUUUUCAAGAAACCCUUGAAACUCUCAUCAGACAAGCAGAAAAUUACACCAGUAUACUUUUUUGCAACACCUAUAGGAACAUGGCCUUGGAGGCUGCUGCUUCAGUUCAGGAGUUCUUCACUGAUGUAGGGCUUUAUUUAUUUGGUGCAGAUGUUAAUCAUGAAGAAUUUGUAAACAGAUUUUUUGACAGUCUUUUUCCUCUGGUCUACAACCAUCUUAUUAACCCUGGUGUGACUGACAGUUCCCUGGAAUACUCAGAAUGCAUCCGGGUGGCCCGCCGGGACAUUAGUCCAUUUGGUAAUAUUCCCAAAAGAGUAAUGGGGCAGAUGGGGCGGGCACUGCUGCCCAGCCGCACGUUUCUGCAGGCACUCAAUCUGGGCAUUGAGGUCAUCAACACCACAGACCACCUGCAUUUCUCCAAAGAGUGCAGCAGAGCCCUCCUGAGGAUGCAGUACUGCCCUCACUGCCAGGGCCUGACUCUCAGCAAGCCUUGCAUGGGCUACUGCCUCAGCGUUGUAGGAGGCUGUCUGGCGCACAUGGCAGAGAUUAAUCCACACUGGCAUGCCUAUAUCCGGUCACUGGAAGAACUGUCUGAUGCAAUGCAGGGAACGUAUGACAUUGAACACGUGCUCUUGAACUUCCACUUGCUUGUUAAUGAUGCUGUGAUGCAGGCUCACCUCAAUGGACAAAAAUUAUCAGAACAGGUAAAUAAGAUUUGUGGCCAUCCAGUAAGAGCACCCACACAAAGCCCUCGUUGUUCCUUUGAUCCGAGCAAAGAGAAGCAUGGAAUGAAGAUCUCUACAAGAAAUGGUGAAGAGACACUUGCCAACAGAAGAAAAGAAUUUAUCAGCAGCCUUCGACUGUACCGGUCAUUUUACAGAGGCCUGGCUGAUGAGCUUUGUGCGAAUGAACUGGCUGCUGCGGAUGGACUGCCCUGCUGGAAUGGAGAAGACAGAGUGAAAAGCUAUACUCAGCACGUGUUUGGAAAUGGAAUCAAAGCUCAAUCUGGAAAUCCUGAAGUCAAAAUUAAAGGAACUGAUCCUGUGAUAAAUCAGAUUAUUGAUAAACUGAAGCAUGUUAUUCAG